AUGAUGACGACGACGACGACAACAUCUUCGAAGAAAGCAGAAUCCAGGCCGGGUCAAGGCUUGAUCGAUUUGGUUUUCUCUUGGUCCAUUGCUGAUGUGAGAGAAAUCCCAAAAACAUUUUCUUCGACAGCUGAUUACAUGAACUCAUUCAUCUACCCACUUAUUGAGGAAACACAUGCUAAUUUGCUCUCAAACGUGACAAACUUGUCACGUGCACCUAUGUGUGAAAUUUUCGAUGUUAGAAUCUCUAAAGGCUUUAAGCCUCCCAAAGACUUGUUCUAUGACAUUUUCUUGAAGAGAAUGAGAGAAGAGGAGAAUGGCAAAGGCAAGUAUGAGCCUGAGGUUGGAGAUCUCAUUGCCUUGGCAAAUGUAAGACCGAGAUGUAUUAAUGACCUUAAACAGGCCUGA